AUGGAAAAAGCCCCCGCCCCCAAAACCGUCACCUUCGGCCCGCCCUUCAUCCCCAAACACGCCCUCUUCCACAGCCUCCACAAGCCGACCACGAGCAACCACACCAACCCGCUCUGCCUCGCCUCCACCUCGGCCAAGCUCCCGGACCGACUCCCAGGCCACCCGCAGACGCGCCUCACGCAGCACGACCUCGCCGCCUUCCUCCGGCGCGACCUCACGACCCCGAAGCUCGACCGCUUCUACCACUACCUCUGGCUGGUGGCGGCGGCGGCGACGCGCGAGCGGCCCAUCAACACGCUGACGCACCAGCAGGUGCGCGGGCGCGACGUGACCGUGUCGCAGAACCCGGAGCUGCACUGCGUGUGGCACGACAAGCGCAUCUUCGUCAAGCCCAUGCCCGCCUACCUGCUGUCGUACGACUUCUGGGACGCCGUCUUCACCGAGGAGUGGUGCGCCACCGACGAGGGCCGGCUCGUCGUCACGAGCGCGCUGGGCUUCAUGCGCAGCUACGGCUACCUCGUGCAGCACCCGUCCGACUUCGCCAUCGCGGUGGACAAGGGGCUGAUCCCGGAGAACGUCGGGAAGGGGCUGGCGGAGGUGCGGGAGGAGGAGCGGGAGAAGGAGGAGGGCGAGGACAAGGCCGGGAAGAAGGCGGGGGAGAAGAAGGAGCCGGCCAAGAUUUCGUUUGAGGACUUCGUCGCCUUCAUCGAUUGGUUUGGCAGCGCCAAGAUCGGCGAUGACCAGGUCUCGCUGCGCUAUCACUACGGGGACUUGAGGCUCAGCAGGCUGAAUUUCUGGGCCAAGUUCGUCUUGAAGGACUUCACCUUUGAGAAGGCGUACGGGAAUUACGACGCCUACUUCUCCCGCUUCUACGGCCCGUUGCUCUUCACCUUUGGUGUCAUCAACCUCAUCAUGGGAUCAAUCAACUUGGCUAUCAACACGGAGAAGGGUGGGUGGAAGAAGCCGGAUUGGAAGCACCUGUAUGACGUUGGCAAUGUGUUUGCCAUCAUUGUGCUCGUCUUCAUUUGUUGUGUUGGCCUGACCUUGGUCAGUUUGUUUUCUUUCAUGGCGCUCAAGGAGAUCAUGUACGCCGUCAAGGAGCACCGCAGAAAGUUGGAGAGAGCGCUCGGGAUCUUUGAUGAAGAGAAAGGCAAGACGUCUUGA